GGCUCAGUUUGGCCCGUCUCGCUCUGGUCGCAAUCGCGCAUUUGUCUUUUUUCCUCGCCCUUCCAUCCAUCCGUCCGUCCUCGUCCUCCAUCUCCUCUUCCCUCCCCCCACUCCCUCCAUCUUUCCUGCUCUUCCGAAGCUUGUCGUCAUGGGUGCCGGUGAAUCCAAGCCUGCUGCUCCCAAGGAGCUCCGCAUGGUCCUGAUGGGCCCCCCUGGUGCCGGUAAGGGCACUCAGGCUCCCAAGAUCAAGGAAACCUACUGUGCCUGCCACCUUGCUACCGGCGACAUGCUCCGUGCUGCUGUUGCCAGCGGCUCUGAACUCGGCAAGCAGGCAAAGUCCAUCAUGGAGUCUGGUGGUCUCGUCUCCGAUGAGAUCGUCAUCGGCCUGAUCCGCGAGAACCUCGAGAGCAACCCCGAGUGCAAGCGCGGCUUCAUCCUCGACGGCUUCCCCCGCACCGUCCCCCAGGCCGAGAAGCUCGACGAUAUGCUCAUCAAGCGCAACCAGAAGCUGGACUGCGCUGUCGAGCUUGUUAUCGACGACGCCCUCCUCGUCUCGCGCAUCACUGGACGGCUCAUCCACCCCGCCAGUGGCCGCUCCUACCACACCGAGUUCAACCCUCCCAAGGUCAAGGGCAAGGACGACAUCACCGGCGAGCCCCUGAUCCAGCGCUCCGACGAUAACGCCGUCACCCUCGUCAAGCGCCUCGAGUCGUACCACAAGUCCACCGUCCCUGUCGCCGAGUACUACAAGCGCCGCGGCAUCUGGUUCGGCGUGGAUGCUUCCCAGUCGCCGGCCACCGUCUGGGCCAGCCUGACGGCUAUCUUCGAGAAGGUCUAAAGCCUCUCUGUCUCGUCCUUCUCGGGAUCUCCCACUAGCGCCAAAUGCUACUUUGCCCUCCCCGACACACCUUCUCCCAGUCUGAUCCCCGUAGACACCCAGCGAACGACCCCCCCUAAUAAAAACCCGGAUCGACUGCUGUAGCCCCUUUCUUGCCGCUUCUAUGAUUCAUUUCGAUCCUCUCUUUCGCUUGAAUCCUUUCCUCCUCCGCCCACAGACAGAUAGUGCGAGUUUCGCUAGUCCAUCCUCCGCUUCGCCUCGUGACCGAAAAAUUAAUCGAUCAACCCAUCUAUGAUGCUUCAUCUGCUAUGGGCAAAGAGACUCGGACGGCAUCACUUUCUCUGGAUGCUCCUCGAUCUCCAAAUACAGCGCUCCAACCGAA